AUGAAAGUGCUUUGUCUUCACGGCAAGGGCACUAGUGGCUAUAUCUUCCGGUCCCAGAUUUCCACAUUCCGCGCUAAACUUCCUGACGAUAUCCAAUUUGACUUUCUCGACGGCCCAUUUAAGAGUGAUGCCGCUCCAGGUGUAGAUGUCUUCUACAGUCCGCCCUACUACGCUUUUUGGGAAAAUGAUGGUAUCGACUCCAUCCGAGCCACCUACACCUGGCUGACUGAUCAUAUCGACAAAAAUGGGCCCUAUGAUCUAGCCCUCAUGUUCUCCCAAGGUUGCGUCCUGGGCUCUAGUGCGCUCUUACUUCAUCAGGAAGAGACACCCCACCUCCCCCCACCGUUUAAAGCGGCCGUUUUUGUCUGCGGUGGCGCCUCGUUGAAUGUGCUUGAGGAAAUGGGCUUCCACGUUUCUGCCGAGGCGCGCGAGCGGGAUCUGGCAUCCCGGUCGGCGUUAGCUCAACAGGCUGGCUCGUCGGCUCUCUUGGCCCAGGGCGGUGAUCGAUGGACUGGUCUCCAAACGCUAGACGGUGGGCUGUCGGAGGCUGAAUUGCGGAAUGAGAUUACUUGUCCCUACCGUAUCAAUAUUCCCACAGUACAUAUUUACGGCUCGAAAGAUCCUCGGUGGGCGGCUGGCGUACAUCUUUCCGGUAUCUGCGAACCAACGAAACGGCGCACGUAUGAUCAUGGCGGUGGACAUGAGAUUCCUAGGACGAAUGCCGUGAGCAACUCGAUCGCAGAACUUUUCCAGUGGGCUGUGGCACAGAGUCAAAUCGAACAGUGA